AUGGGGAACCGCAGCGCCGCGGACGCGGACGGGCUGCUGGCUGGGCGCGGGCCCGGCACGGGCGGCGGCGCGGGGGGCCCCGGGGCGGCGGCGGCGCUGGCGGGGGGCGUGCUGCUCAUCGGCGCGGUGCUCGCAGGGAACUCGCUCGUGUGCGUGAGCGUGGCGGCCGAGCGCGCCCUGCAGACGCCCACCAACUACUUCAUCUUGAGCCUGGCGGCCGCCGACCUCCUACUCGCCCUGCUCGUGCUGCCUCUCUUCGUCUACUCCGAGGUCCAGGGCGGCGUGUGGCUGCUGAGCCCUGGCCUCUGCGACGCGCUCAUGGCCAUGGACGUCAUGCUGUGCACGGCCUCCAUCUUCAAUUUGUGCGCCAUCAGCGUGGACAGGUUCGUGGCGGUGGCCGUGCCGCUGCACUACAACCGCCAGAGCCGCGGUGGCCGGCAGCUGCUGCUCAUCGGCGCCACGUGGCUGCUGUCGGCAGCGGUGGCGGCACCCGUGUUGUGCGGCCUCAACGACGCGCGCAGCCGCGAUCCCUCCGUGUGCCGCCUGGAGGACCGCGACUACGUGGUCUACUCGUCCGUGUGCUCCUUCUUCCUGCCCUGCCCGCUCAUGCUGCUGCUCUACUGGGCCACGUUCCGGGGCCUUCGGCGCUGGGAGGCAGCCCGCCGCGCCAAGUUGCACGGCCGUGCGCCCCGCCGCCCCAGCGGCCCCGGCCCGCCGCCCCCCGACGGCAUCCCGGCCCCCGAUGCCGCCGUGCCCCCGGAUGCCAUCCCGGCCCCAGACUGCAUCCCGCCUCACGACGCCAUCCCGGCCCCCGACGCCAUCCCGGGCCCCGACGCCACCCCGCCCCCCGACGCCAUCCCGGGCCCCGACGCAACCCCGCCCCCCGACGCCACCCCAGCCUCGGAUGCCGUCUUGCCCUCGGACGCCAUGCCAGCCGAACCCCCGCUGCGGGCCCGCAGGAGGAGACGCGCCAAGAUCUCGGGCCGGGAGCGCAAAGCUAUGAGAGUCCUGCCUGUGGUGGUCGGGGCCUUUCUGCUGUGCUGGACGCCCUUCUUUGUCGUGCACAUCUCCCGGGCGCUGUGUCCCACGUGCGCCGUGCCCCCGCGGCUGGUGAGCGCGGUCACCUGGCUGGGCUACGUCAACAGCGCCCUCAACCCCGUCAUCUACACCGUCUUCAACACCGAGUUCCGGACCGUCUUCCGCAAGGCUCUGCGCCUCUGCUACUGAGCAGACCGCUGGCACCGCAGCCCCUCUUCAGCACCCCGCCUCGCCUGGGGGUUUGUAGGAGUUAUUAAACAGAUCCCCAACACCUGCUGGGAAGGCUCUUGGAGGCGGGGGAGGGGGCAAGGAGGAGGAGCCCAGGCCUCCACUAACCCUCAUCCGGCCAGUUAACCCCUUCCUUCCUCCGGAGGAAGCCCAGAGAAGAGACCCCACCAAGCCAGGUCUGCCCCGCCCCGGAAGCCUUGGGAAGAGGGCCAGCCCUUGCCUGGGAAGACUGCCCCGACUCACACCCUCCCCGAACACGUUCCCUCCCCAACACACCCGGCCAGCUGCAACCCACCCCGACCCGACAGCUGUUCCCAGGCCAGCAGCCUCCUCCCCUCGUCCUGGUGGCCCCAUCCACUGUCCCUGCAAAAUGCAGCUGACCUGCCCCUGCCACUGCUUCGGCAGCUGCCUCAAGGUCGGAGCACAGCUCCCUGCCAGCUCCUGACUUGCCCAUAGAUGCCCAAAACCUGGAGGAACAGGGGGCCUGGGUGCUGGGUGGGCUCACGGGGGCAGCCUCCCUCCAGGGAAGGCCAGCGCAGGCCCACAAGGCACUCAGCCAUCCUCUGCCCACUUGGCUGGGAGCAAGUGGGCAGAGCAGGGAGUGGCUGCCCCUCUCCCGCCCACAGCACGGCCCGCCCCUCAACCCGAGACAGCCCCACUUGGACUUCACCUAGACCCUCCCAAGUCCCCCGCCGUGGGCACCCGCUGUGCCCAGUACUGUGGCUCAGCGCUGCUGUCAGGAACUGUGACCAAGCCGGCCACUGCCGGGUGUCAAGCUCUCCUCUGAACAUGAGGAACUACGGGCUGUGAGGGCCCCGGCAUCAGGCCCCCCCUCAGCGUGCUAAAGUAUUCCGUGGAGAGGGGGCCACCCUGUUCCCCUCUCUGGGUGAGCACCGUUUCCUGCUCAGACUCAGCUGCUGCCUCCCCUGAGAAGCCCCAGCUGACCACCCCCCAGGACCAGCCUGCCCCGAUCAUCCUGGGAGAGACUGGCCCUCGAGGAACCGAGUAUUGAUGGACUGGGGGCCAGUAUGGGGUGCUGUGUCCCUGCACCACACAGGAACCAACACAAAAUGGGAGUGGGGGAGGGGGCCCAGGGCCGGCCCCCAGGUCUGUUGGCUGCUUCAGCUUCCAGCACCUUCUUGCCUGUGAAGCAUGAGGAUGGCUGCAGCGGAUACCCCGGGGCUCCUCCCGGGAGGAGCCCCAGAUGGUACAGCCUCACCCGGGCAAGACACUUGCUUCAGAGCUGGGCUGGUGGUCCCUCCUGGGACCCUCAGACUUGAAGGGACCAUCAGGCUGACGGCAGGGUCAGGGUCAGGGUCGGAGCAAAGGGCCCCUGACUGCGGCCGCUGGCCCUGCCACCUGGCUCGUCCCUCAGGUCCACACCCCACGCCCGUGCCCUGCCACCCAUCUCUGAUGUGCCCCGACGUGCGCCUGCUGGGCCUUCUGUGGUCACUCCAGGUGGUCAGAGCUGGUGUCUGCCACCGCCAAGAGGGUCUCAAGCAGCAGCACCCCUGCCCGCCAGCCGUGGGCACCAGCUGCCAUGCCCACCAGCCCAGGGAUCUGUGGGGAGCAAGGCCACGUCCCCCUCCAUGUACCCUUCUCAUCUAUACUAGGGAGGGGGUGACCACGCCCCCGACAGGCCAGGCCAGUAAGUGCAUCUCUUUCGGAGGUGGGGCUGCAGAUGGGCUGGGAUCUGCUGGUGUCCGGCGCUGUCCCCACUGGCCCUGUGGGCAGACUCCUGUGUCCCCCAAGAGGGGGACAAGGCGGGCACAGGGGGGACAGGUGGACACUAGGGAGUGACAAGGUGGGCACUGGGGGAACAGGUGCAGAUAUACAGAGCCUGGCUGACCCGGGGGCUCAGCAGGUGCCUCGAGGGUCCCAGGCUCACUGAUGCCAAGCGUCACCGCAGCCUCAGCUCAGAGGACCCGCAGCACCCGGACGGCUGCCGCAGCGCACACUGUCAGAAGCCUUGGCCUGGCCCCCGCGGCUGCGUCUGGCAGAGGCCGUCAGAAGUGCUGACACAGAACUGAGGGUGUCAACGCACCCUGGGCGCUUGGAUGGCAAUUUCCAGAAGGAUCCUGAUGUCCGGGGUUGCGCAGAGAUAGCUUCAAAGGCUUAGAAACGAUACACCUUGGAAAACUGCCCCGAACACGUGCGGUCCCCAGGCUUCUACGUUAAGGAGAAGGGGAGGAGAAGCCGCCCCGAUCCCAGAAAACCCUCGCCCGGGACGGCUUCCCUGCAGGGCCUGGUCCCAAGGCCUCCGACUCUGCUCACGGGGAGGCCGCCGCCUGGAGCUGGACGCCAGGACGCCAGGGAGGGCCUGGAAGCCUUUCCCUGGGGGCGCUGCCCGCCUACGUCGCCAUUUUAGCCUUUUCAGGUUUGGGGGGGGGGUUCCUUCUGGGGGUGCAGCCCCUUCUGCUGAGGCCGACGUGGCCCCCACCUCCCGUCCUCACUUCCCACCACCUUCAUGCUGUGCAAACCCCAGGGGCCGGGCCUGGCCUUCCCCAAGGUGGUGGAGAGGCGGGACGACAAAACAAAUAAAACCCAAAUAAACCCGCUUAGUCCGCAGAGGCCGAUGGAACGGAGGCAGAGGGGCUUCUGGGGGGGCAGGUCCUUCCCCACCUGGAGCCAGGCUGGGCGCGGGAGGACGGGCGUGGGUGCCACCCCCUCGGCUCACCGGGGAGCCCGUGGCCCAAAAGGCAAGUCUCCGUGUGCUAUGAAGAACCUUCUGGAAGCAGGAGCCGGGAGGUGCGGGGCCGGAGGAGUGAACGAGAUGCAACAGUGAGGCGAGCGUCGGGGUCAAAGUCCAUCUCUCAGUGCACAGAAGACGGGGCACCGCAAGCUUUCCUGGAACCCAGGCUUGGGGACAGGCUGGGCAGGGCGCCAGGAAGGGCAGGGACGAGGCCCCAGCCCGUGAGAGUUGGGCGAGGAUAGCCGGGCGCAGGCAAGAGCCACCCUGGGCGGGUCCCUAGGGGUCCCGGGCGCGCUCUGUGCAAAGGGAAGGUGGCACGUCCAGACGCCGAGCCGUCCCUGAGACUGGACGGCGGCUCGGCCUUCCCGGCUGGCAGCUCUGGAGCCCCAGCUCCUGGGCAGCAGGUGCCAGCCUCCCGUCCCGCCGGGCUGGGCCCCAUACGGUCUCGGCUUCUGAACUGCACGAUCGGGCCCCCGGGGCCUCGGGGAGGUCGGAGCUUGGAGUCACCAGUCCGCAUGGGGCAGGGCCGCCAACUUUACUGACAGACACAUGUAUGUACACGCGUGUUACGGAACACGACACACCCGUAGGGAAGACCGGAUGCUCACCAUCCAAGGGAUAAAAAAAGCACCGCGAGCGGCAUUGAGGGCCCAGGCCGCGCCCACCGGCCGCCCGCCCGCCCGCUUCGGGGUCUGGCGGCAGGAGCGCGCUGCCCGGGUGCCGGUCACGCGACGUCCACUCGUAACCUGGCCAGCAACUUCCUCCUCGUCCUCAGCGGCCCCCGUCCUCAGGGCUCCUUCCUGGCCACAGAGGCCCCGCGAGCCCUCACACGGUGACCUUCUCGAUCACACCCUCGGCGACAUGGACGUCGUCCCCCUGCAUGGUGACAGCUGCCGACUGACCACACAUGUGCUGGUGGUCCUUCCAGUCCUGAAAGGAAGGACAGACUCCGUGUUACGGUUCAGAGUGAGAAGGCUGUGCCCGGGAGUGGGUGUGCACGUGCUGAGCGGCCAGCCCUCCGGGGCAGGGGGCUCCCAGCCUCGCCCACCCUCCUGUUUAGGGACCCGCUCCGAAGGCAAGUACCCAGGAUGACCCUUGAGACACGUGCACGCUCUGAUCCUGCUGCUUCCUCCCUGGGACCUAAACGAAAACACUCACACCUGCAGAGGAAUACUUGUCUCCGAUGUGGCUGCCCGGCCGUAUUACUUAUCAUCGCAAAAGUGAAAGGACUGCGCCGGAGCCAGCCACGUGUCCACAAAGGGGCUGGGAGGCCGCGGCCCCCAGGGAGGUCGGGGAGGACGUCCACCCCCCCCACCCCGCAAUGCCCCCCAUCAGGGUGGGAGCUGCCAUCGCCCGUUACGGGCGGGAAAUGGAGCCGAACUUGCUCUGGGGGCCCGACGGGGCGUGGUUAGUGGAGACACGGACCCCAAGACGCACGGAGAGGUUAGGGUUUGGUGAGCCAUGACAAGAAUGAACAUCACACACACUCGGAAGAACAGAGACCAGCGGUGAGCCCCGGAGGGCAGGGCUGCAGCUGCCUAUCUUCGUGCUGUCCUAUGUCUUCCAAAUUUUCUACAACGUGUUGCCUUAUUUUUAUAAUAAAAAAAUAAAAUUUCAAAUCAUUACAGGCGUACCUCAGAGACACUGCGGGUUCAGUUCCAGAAUAAAGCAAAUGUAGCAAUAAAGCAAGUCACACAAGAUUUCAGGUGUCCCGGGGCUUAUACAGAUCACUCUUACACUACACUGUAGUCUACCAAGCGUGUGACCGUACGAACCUAGUUCAAAGACACUCUAUCCCUAAAGAUGAUAACCUUCACCGGACAAGGCAGGGCUGCCGCACGCCUUUAAUCUGUAAAAACACGACAUCUGAGAAGUGCAAUAAAACAAGGUCUGCCUGGAUAUCAAAAGAAUACAGUUUUAAAUUUUUUAUUGAAGCUUAGUUGAUUUACAGUGUGUGUUACUGUCCGCUGUACAGCAAAGUGACUCAGCUACAGACACACACUUUUCCUUUUGCACUUUCCCUUCCACUACGGCUUAUCACAGGGCGUUGAGUGUAGUUC